UCCCUCCCUCCGCCGGUGGGUUUAGUCAGUCAGCCAGCAGCCGGCUGGCCCGCGAGCCGCAGAGGGCCCGAGCCUCGGACGCCGGCUCUUCCUCCUGUCAUUGUUCGUCCGGCUGUAGCAGCGGCGGGAGCGGGAGCCCGGGCCCCGGAGCCACCGCAACAUCAUGACGACAGAGAAGAGUUUAGUGGCUGAGGCUGAAAAUUCACAGCACCAACAACAGAAGGAAGAGGGUGAGGGAUCCACAAACUCAGACCGACAAAAAACUCAGCUGGAGGAGGCUUCUCAAACAGCAGCUGACGGAGAUAAUCAGUGUGAGCAGAAGCUGAAGUCAUCUAAUGGAGAUACUCCUACACAUGAAGACUUGACCAAGAACAAGGAGCGGACAUCAGACAGCAGGGGCCUGUCACGACUGUUCUCCUCAUUUCUCAAAAGGCCCAAGUCUCAGGUCUCUGAGGAAGAAGGCAAAGAAGUAGAGUCAGAUAAAGAAAAAGGUGAAGGAGGUCAGAAAGAGAUUGAAUUUGGAACCAGUCUUGAUGAAGAGAUCAUUUUAAAGGCCCCAAUUGCAGCUCCUGAACCUGAACUCAAAACAGACCCAUCCUUGGAUCUUCAUUCAUUAAGCAGUGCAGAAACACAGCCUGCUCAGGAAGAACAGAGAGAAGAUCCAGAUUUUGAAACUAAGGGAGGACUUGAAGAGUGCUCCAAAAUAGAAGUAAAAGAAGAGAGUCCUGAAUCAAAAGCAGAAAGAGAGUUAAAAGCCUCCCAGAAAUCAAUCAGAAGACACAGAAACAUGCACUGCAAGAUUUCUUUGUUGGAUGACACAGUUUAUGAAUGUGUUGUGGAGAAGCAUGCCAAGGGACAAGAUUUGCUUAAGCGAGUAUGUGAGCACCUCAAUCUUUUGGAAGAAGACUACUUUGGUCUAGCCAUUUGGGAUAACACAACCUCUAAGACAUGGCUGGAUUCCGCCAAAGAAAUAAAAAAGCAGCUUCGUGGUUUCCCUUGGAAUUUCACAUUUAAUGUAAAGUUUUAUCCACCUGACCCAGCACAGUUAACAGAAGACAUAACAAGAUAUUAUUUAUGUCUUCAGCUUCGGCAGGACAUAGUUGCAGGACGUCUGCCCUGUUCCUUUGCAACCUUAGCAUUAUUAGGUUCUUAUACCAUCCAGUCUGAGCUGGGAGACUAUGACCCAGAACUCCAUGGUGUGGAUUAUGUUAGCGAUUUUAAACUGGCCCCAAAUCAGACCAAGGAACUUGAAGAGAAGGUCACGGAACUGCAUAAGUCAUACAGGUCCAUGACUCCAGCUCAAGCUGACUUGGAAUUUCUUGAGAAUGCCAAAAAGUUGUCCAUGUAUGGAGUUGAUCUUCAUAAAGCAAAGGACUUGGAGGGAGUGGAUAUCAUCCUAGGUGUCUGCUCUAGUGGCCUUCUUGUUUACAAAGAUAAGCUGAGAAUUAACCGCUUUCCUUGGCCCAAAGUGCUGAAGAUUUCUUACAAACGUAGCAGCUUUUUCAUCAAGAUUCGACCUGGAGAGCAAGAGCAGUAUGAAAGUACUAUCGGAUUCAAACUUCCCAGUUACCGAGCAGCUAAGAAAUUAUGGAAAGUCUGUGUAGAGCAUCACACAUUUUUCAGACUGACAUCUACAGACACCAUUCCCAAAAGCAAAUUUCUUGCACUGGGAUCCAAAUUUCGAUACAGUGGCCGGACUCAAGCUCAAACCAGGCAAGCUAGUGCUCUAAUUGACAGGCCUGCCCCACACUUUGAGCGUACAGCAAGCAAACGGGCAUCCCGGAGCCUUGAUGGAGCAGCAGCUGUUGAUUCAGGAGACCGAAGUCCUCGGCCCACCUCUGCACCAGCCAUUGGUCAGAGUCAGGUCGCAGAAGGGAGUGUUCCAGGUGCAUCUGUUAAAAAAACAGUGGUCUCUAAAGUACAGAAGGAAACAGAAAAGGUUGAAGUGAAAAAGGAAGAAGAGCCACCUGAGCAAGCUGAGCCAGAGCCCACAGAAGCGUGGAAGGUGGAAAAAACCCACAUCGAGGUUACAGUACCCACCUCAAAUGGUGACCAAAUACAGAAGCUUGCAGAAAAAACUGAAGAUCUGAUAAGAAUGAGGAAGAAAAAGAGAGAGAGACUAGAUGGUGAAAACAUUUAUAUCAGACAUAGCAAUUUAAUGUUGGAGGAUUUAGACAAGAGUCAAGAAGAGAUAAAAAAGCAUCAUGCCAGCAUUAGUGAACUGAAAAAGAAUUUCAUGGAAUCUGUACCAGAACCACGGCCUAGUGAAUGGGAUAAACGCUUAUCUACUCAUUCUCCCUUCCGAACUCUUAACAUCAAUGGGCAAAUCCCCACAGGAGAAGGAAGUACAAAUGGCAUUCGCACAGAGGAGGUGGCUGUCGUGACAAAGGGGCCAUCUACUAACCCUGACUCUGAAUGGGAGGGCCCCAAGCAUUCAGUAGUUCAUAGUGAGAGCCAGAUGAGCACCCCGUCCGAGUCUCCACAAUGCUUUCACUUUGGCUCCCUCUCCAUAAGCAGCAAGGAGACAGAAGAGAAAGAGAAAGAGCAGGGGGCAGCUGGCUGUCUUGAUAUUAAGGAGAUGCCAAGUGGGGAAUGUAUAGGAGUGGAGGAACAGGCCAGUGCCUUAAAGUUCUCAGUAACAUCAGCUUCCUGUCAGCUGCGACUUGGUGAAAAAAAGGCAGAGAGUAGUGAAGAACAUGUUACACCAGGAGAGCCACUUGGAAAACAAAAUGGAUCAUUUCUUGACUCUUGUAUGGGUAACCAGUUCCCCACCUUCAUUCGAAGUUUCCAGCCUCCCCUGGUGAAGACUCAAACUGUCACCCUCUCAGAUACCGCCAGUGCUGUGAAAAGUGAAAUCCCAACCACAGAUGUCCCUAUUGUUCACACCGAGACCAAGACCAUCACUUACGAGGCUGCCCAGGCUGAUGACAGCAAUGGGGACUUGGACCCAGGAGUCUUGCUGACAGCUCAGACCAUCACAUCUGAGACCACAAGCAGCACCACCACGACUCAGAUUACCAAGACUGUAAAAGGUGGGAUUUCAGAGACCCGGAUUGAAAAGAGAAUUGUGAUCACUGGAGAUGCCGAUAUUGACCAUGAUCAGGUCCUCGUACAAGCCAUCAAGGAGGCCAAGGAGCAGCACCCAGACAUGUCGGUGACUAAGGUGGUUGUCCAUCAGGAGACCGAGAUCGCGGAGGAAUAAGCUCAGGAACUCUCCUACCCCCAACUCCCUGCCCUUCUGCCAUCCAAGAGAAACCAGCAAAAUGAUAAAGAAGCUAACCUGCAAUAGUCAGACUUCAGACUCUCAAGAUUAUUCUAAACUGCCAGAAAAUUAAUUUCAUUUUCUAUUUGGAGUUUAUACCAAGAGAUUCUUCUAGAUAUCACUGAUCCUUUUGAAGACCUUUUUCUAUAUUGUGAUAUGAGAAAUUGUUCAACUUUUCA